CUCUGCCCCCAGCCUGAGGAACAAAACGUUCUUUUACUAGAACAACUCGCGUGCUCUUUUCUUUUGCGUGCCAUCGCACAGCGGAAGCGAGUCGCAACCACGCAUCAUGUGACAGACGCCACAACCGGCGCAAGAUGCUCGUUUUUCCAAACGGCGUUUGAAACGACCCGCAAGCACAUCGUCCUCGCGGGGCCUGAAGUUUUUGAUCGGGAGGCUGCAACCAACACCGAAGUGACCCAUAGCCGGCUCGUGAGACUCUUGAGAACAAGCGGAAGCGAAGCGCCUGCACUGCCAUCCUCCACACGACCUCUUGUACAGAUAGAAAUGAUACGCCGCUCAUCUGCAACUUCGGAUUCGCACUCACAUUCAAAUGAGGACGCAGUAUUUUUGAGGAGCACCGACGAACAGUCUCUUGCUGCAACCGCGGAGAACGACAAGACCUUGGGUGCGGCAAGAAACGAUCCACGUACUUCGAACCGUGAAAAUCCGCGGCCGCCUUUGGACUUGGAGCCGCGCAUCAAGAGAGAGGACUUAUCAACAUCGUCUCUCUACUUGGACAGAUUUCGGGUCACGAGCAGAGAACUUCUCCCCGUGACGGUGCAGCUAGAUGAGGAACAUACCAAGGCUUCCGCAGACACGAACGGGACAUGCAAAACCACUGACAAAGAACGAGCCAACAGCAGUAAAAAUAAUGCAGUGAUCGUAACUGAUCUCCUACAAGAGCGACAACGAAGCGACCAAAACUCUGUUUUGGUGGUGGUUCUGACGUCAGAACAAGGCUGGACGAGCGCCGCAGCCGCAAACAGCCUCGUGUAUCUUCUCGCGUUGGCUUACCAAUUUCCGCAAGGGUUCGUAGUCCUAGCUCUUCCGCAACACGUAACCGGAUCUUCGCAACUGUUGGCAGCACCUGGCGCAGAGCAGAUGAAAGACACAACCGACAACAGGCUGCUUGUCGCGAUCGCUAAGAAGUGCGCACUCAAAAUGCGGCCCGAGGGAGCCAUAAUGCAGCAGCGAGAUCUUGUUAUCGAAGAACCGCCGGCGCCUGAGCUCUGCCCGACUAAUGUUUACUUUGCGGUCGACGUCGACACUGCUGCAGACAUGAAGAAACUCAUACCACUGGAGCCGGCUUCGCCUAUCAAAAAGGAUGCGGACGUUGCUAAAAGUACGCCAGCGAAUAAGGAUAUAGCGGAGGCCACUCGUUUGGCACAGGGCGUCAUUGACCACCUAACAACUCUUUUUGACACGAAUAAAAGUCGAACCAACAUGUUGACCGAAAAAUCACAUGAAAGUCAACUUCAAAAUCAUUCUGCACAAUCGGGCAACACAGCGCCGCGUGAACAAAGCGCGGACGAUUCCAAACAUUCGGAAAAGCGGGCAACGCGAAGUUUGGAAUUUUUUCUCCGCUUGAACGAAUUGAAUGCGUGGCUGCCACGAACGAUUGUGGUCAACAACAACUUUUCCGGUCCCGCAGCAGGACCGAAAAUGACGAAUGUUACUCCACACACCACACCACCCCGGGACUACAUCCUGGUGAUGCCGCAAAUGAAUGAUCAACUUUUUUACGAAAAGGAAAAACUGAAGCGCACAAAUAACUCCAUCCUUCCACCUACGAACAGAUGUGAUAAGGAGACGAAUCGGGCAAACCAUUCGGAUGAAGAUGAAAAAUCUCCGGCAACCCGACCUGUAGAAAAGAUAGUGCACACGGAUGCAAAAUCCAUGCAACUAUUCCCGAGAUUCGUCGGAAUAUUCACAAACGAAGAAAAUCCACAGCUGCCGCUUGGAUCAUUGAUUCCAUGUUAGGCCCAUAAAUAAGUAAAUUGACAUAAUGAAAAUAGACGAAAAAGAAACCAAAUCGACUCCAAUUGAGCAGA